GUAAAAAUAAAAUAGGGGAAAGAAAAACUUUAAACCCUAAACCUCAGUUUCUCUUCUUCCUCUCACUUUAUUCAUCACCAAAUCUGAAUCCCCCAUCGCCAGUAACUCUCCAAAAGUUUCCCCAUGGCGUCAAUACUCCGAAACCGUCUUUCGCUCCGAUACCCACAACGGAAAUGUUAUCAGUACCAAAUCGUCUGCACUUUCGUUGAGGAAGGGGCAAAACAGGUUCGUGAUAGAGCUCUUGAUCAUGCAAUAGAAAAAGAAAAACAUUUGCAACCAAUGCUAGCAUUGAAAAACUUAAUCAAUUUAGAACCGUCUAAAUCUCUUCCUGUUUCGGUAGUUUCUGAAAACAAAACAAAACUUGGUAUACCAACUCGUACAAUUGAUUUCAUCCGUAAAUAUCCUUCAGUUUUGGAAGAGUACUUGCCACAAGGUGGGUGCCCCACUAGGCCUUAUGUUAGAUUAACCCCCGAAGUUCUCCAUAUUGAUGAUAAAGAGCAGUUGAUUUACAGCAAUCCGACCCAUCACAACGAUAUUGCUGACCGGUUGUUAAAGCUUCUUAUGUUAGCUAGAGUUAACAAGAUUCCGUUGUGGGUAGUUGAUCGGUUUCAGUGGGAUUUGGGGUUGCCACAUGAUUAUGUCAGUACGCUUUUAACAGAAUAUCCUGAUUAUUUUCGAGUCACAGAGAUGGAGUCUAAGUAUGUGAAUCGAAAACCGGUUCUCGCAUUGGAACUUGUUUGUUGGAGUGAUGAGUUAGCUAAAUCAGUAAUGGAAAAAAACACUAGAGGUUACGAAAAAGGUAUGCCUAUUGCUUUUCCAGUUCAGUAUUCUAGAGGUUAUGAGUUGGAGAAGAGUGUAAAAAAAUGGUUGGAUGAGUGGCAAAGGUUGCCUUACAUUUCUCCUUAUGAAAAUGCAUCCCAUUUACAGUCUACUAGUGAUCAGGCUGACAAAUGGACUGUUGCUGUGCUGCAUGAGUUGCUGCAUCUUUUGGUCCCUAAAAGGACCGUUAAGGAAAACAUUUUGUGUCUGGGGGAUUAUCUUGGGCUCAGAUCAAGGUUUCAGAGGGCAUUGAUUAAUCAUCCGGGAAUAUUUUAUGUUUCAAGUAAAGUUAGAACGCAUACUGUAGUUCUUAGAGAAGGUUAUAAGCGAGAUUUGUUGGUCAAGAAGCAUCCAUUAAUGGAUUUGAGGUAUCACUAUAUUCACUUAAUGAACAAAGGUAAGGAAGAAAAGCCUAUUGGUGAUGAUUCAGAUACUUCUAGUAAACGCAAGCGUAUUUCUCGUGCUGCAAAAGAAGGAGAAGAAGAAGAUGAGGACGAAAUUUCUGGUAAUGAAACUGAGGAUGCCACUGAGGAUGAAUCUGAAGAUUAUGAAGAGGAUGAGGAUGAGGAUGGCAGUGAAAUUAAGAUUGCUGGUACAAGAAAACUGGAAAGAAAUCCACCGCCAGGAUCUCAUCGAGCUAGUUCCAACGGAAGAGUGGGAAGACAUCCACAGCUGGGCACUGCUAUGAAACGGCCUUCAGUAUCUUAUGACCGAGCUAGUUCAGUUAGAAAAGUGGGAAGAUAUCCCAAAUUGAGCACGGAAAAGAAUCGGCCUUCAAGGUCUUCUGAUCAAGGUACUUCAAAUGGAAGAAAACCCAAUAUGAUUGGUGCAAGUGCUAAAGGACAAUCGGGUUCUCAGAAACCGUUUGUAAGACACUAAAACUCGGUCAAUUUAACCACAUCCCUCCACAAGAUAAGCCUUAUCUUGGUCAGCUCCUGUUACCAAAGGAUGUCAGCGGUGAUGAUUGUGAUGAAGUGGAGAAGAUAAGGAUAAUAUCAAGUUUAAGAUUGCUGCUCGAACAAGAGUGAAAAUUGAAAAGAUUAUUUGAGAUUAGAAGUAUCUUUGUAGUGUUGUUGCAUCCUCUAAUUUUGUCAAUAAAUUUGUUAUCUUUUCUACUGGUCUCACUUUCAUAGCCGAAGUUUUUGUUGGUAACAUUCACAAUAGUCUAUAAGCCAUGGUCUCAUUGAGAGUGGUCAUUAAUCUUUGGUAAAUUUACUUACAUAUGGAGGAGCUGAGGCGCUUACUUUGCAAUCUAGAAACAGUGGUCCUUGAGAGAAUUGUUGUGUUAUUAUUAGCACAGGUACAUGAUGAUACGGAAGGAUAAUGAAGAAAACUCUUAUUCAGGGAGUCUAGGAGUAACAGUGAUUCCGGCUUUUUUCUCAGGGAAUACAAGGAAAUUGUGUAACGUUGUCAGGUAAGUAAGUAGCUGAAAGAUGGUUCAAGCCAGAAUGGGCAACCCUUCAAGCCGCAGUUGGUGGUGGUAAGAUAUCUGAAGGUAUAAGCUUUUCGGUGAUGGGCUUGGCAUAGUGCAACACCUGGUCAUGCAAAUACUACCAGAACUCCUGAAUCUGGGAUCUUCAGGGUGGAUUUUCAGUUAUAAGAAGUUGCUAGAGAAGAGGGAGACAGUACUACGAAAAGCUUCGCAUCAAGGCAGUAAAUUAGUGUCUCGAUAUGUCCUAGCAACUAUAAUUGAUGAAAAAUGUAUCACUCACCUGGUAGACAGACAAAUGUAGCACUCAUCUGGUAUGAUACAAUUGUUGGUACCUCAAGCAGUGGAGUGGACACCUCAGUUGAUCUCUUACUGUGUGUCACUGAACCGAGGAUUUUGGUUGGUUAUUUUGAUUAUAAAUUUAGUUCAUUUUUCUUUUGUCAGGAACACAAUAUAGAACAACAAAUUAUGAAUUUUACACUGCACUCGAGAAUGGUGAACAUUGUCAGAUUGGGACGUCAUAAGUAGGCGAUGGUUCUAAUCAUCUUGGUUUCCUAACACCCUGCAGGCAAACUACAAUCUCAUUUUUUUUUAUUAAAUUUAUCUAAAUCAGAGGCCAACCACAAUCUUGAUAUCAUUCUUUCUGUUGUAAACUUAUCUAAUGGUUGUUUCAGUUCCAUUGGAUCCCAGAUGAUCUCUUAUUCUCUGAAUUCUCAUUAUGUAAACUUAUUCUAAUGGUUGUUUCAGUUCCAUUGGAUCCCAGACGAUCUCUUAUUCUCUGAAUUCUCAUCAUGUAAACUUAUUCUAAUGGUUGUUCCAGUUCCAUUGGAUCCCAG